ACACAAAUCUCUUCACAUACUAUUUUCUCCCUCGUGUCUAACCCUCUUCCUCUUCAUGACACUCCAACCUCUUCUCAUUUUCAAUUUACAACUAUAACAAUAAUAACUAUUACAAUUGCAAUUCACAAUUAUGUAUUGUUUCAUUUAAAUCCUAUAUCUUUCACACCCAAAAACAACAAUCAAUCUGUCCUUUCGUCAGUUACUUGUUGCUUGAAUUGUGUUUUUGUUCAUUUGCCUAUAAAUUAGAAGGGGUUUUUUGAAAAUUUAAAGGGUAAUAUAGGAGUCAAUCAAUCUGGGUCUUUAUUAUUUGGAUCCGUGAAGAAAAAGAGAACAAGAACAUAAAUGGAGGAAGGGCUUAUCAAUUGGGGAGUCAUCAGAUCUCUUCUUGCUAUUGUUCAAUGGUGGGCUUUCAAUGUCACUGUUAUUAUCAUCAACAAAUGGAUCUUUCAGAAACUGGAUUUCAAGUUUCCUCUUACAGUAUCUUGUGUCCACUUCAUAUGCUCAUCUAUUGGAGCUUAUGUGGCUAUAAAGAUCUUGAAGGUAAAACCUUUGAUAGCAGUUGAGCCUGAGGACCGUUGGAAAAGGAUUUUUCCCAUGUCGUUUGUAUUUUGCAUCAACAUAGUCUUGGGGAAUGUGAGCUUACGAUAUAUACCAGUCUCUUUUAUGCAGACCAUUAAAUCCUUUACUCCCGCAACAACAGUUAUUUUGCAGUGGCUUGUUUGGAGAAAAUACUUCGAGUGGAGAAUUUGGGCUUCUUUGGUCCCAAUUGUUGGAGGGAUUCUUUUAACUUCUAUGACUGAAUUGAGUUUUAACAUGUUUGGGUUUUUGGCUGCUUUGUUUGGUUGUUUGGCGACUUCUACAAAAACAAUUCUUGCAGAGUCUCUUUUGCAUGGAUACAAAUUCGAUAGCAUAAAUACCGUCUUCUACAUGGCACCUUUUGCGACCCUUAUUUUAGCAGUACCAGCUUUGGUGCUUGAGGGUCCCGGAGUGAUCGUAUGGCUUAACACCCAUCCAUCAGUUCUGUACUCCCUGAUAAUUAUCUUCGGGUCCGGAGUAUUGGCUUUCUGUCUCAAUUUUUCCAUCUUCUACGUUAUUCAUUCUACUACAGCCGUCACUUUCAAUGUUGCCGGAAAUCUCAAGGUAGCUGUAGCUGUUCUGAUUUCCUGGCUUAUAUUCAAAAACCCAAUCUCGGGUCUAAAUGCUGUUGGGUGUGCAGUAACACUAGUUGGAUGCACGUUCUAUGGCUAUGUACGGCACUUGAUAACACAACAACCCCCAGGAACACCACGAACACCAAGAACUCCGCGAAACUGGACAGAAAUGCUUCCUCUUGUGAAUGACAAGUUAGAUGACAAGGUUUGAGACAAGUAGUAUUUUGCAGGUUAUUUAAGAUGCUUUGGAACAGUUUGAUAGGAAGAUUACAGUGAUGAAUAUCAUGAUUUAUGCCUUGUUAUGUAGACAUGAUUAGAUACUUAUAUUUUCUAACCCUCUAUUUAUAAUAUAUACAAGUAUAUUUAGAGA